GGGCUCAGUUUUUCGUUGGCUUUUCGCGUGUGCGGUUGUCUGGACUGGAAAGGAAAAUCAAAUCGGGAUUUUGUGCAGUGAAGUGUUGCUGGAGCUGUUGCGAGUGGUGCUAAAUUGGAUUAACCUGACCGUGAUUUUGGACGCCAACUCCGGACUUGGAACGUAAGGGAAUUGGAUUUGAAGCUUAAUCUAUGAGAAUUAGCACAACCGCACGAUGAAAAGCCAAAUGUCAACUACGCAACAAACCGUCUACACGUGAUCACAAAACUGCCAAUAUAACAUGGAUCCACCAACACAAAGCCCGCUGACGCCUCCACAGGAAUUCCCCGAGCCAACACCCACCGAUGCGUACAUCAUCCCAACGUUGGGCCUGCACGAGGGAACGUUUGUGUUCUCCUACCUGUCGACGUUUCUCUCGUAUAUCACGCCGUACGAACUGCCAGUAGUCUAUUGUAUUUUAGAGCUUUUGCGAGAUACGUUCCACGCAAGGGUUUCGAUCCUGCAGCUGAUCUUGGAGGCAUUGAAGGUCGAGUCAGGCUACAUUUGUCUUAUUGCGAUAUUCUUCCUGGUUUCGUUGAUUCCACUUUGCUACACCAUAGCGUGGGGUUGCUCGAAAACUGCGGAUGAUGACAUCAAUCCGGGACCGACGGUAGAUGCGGUUAUACAAGCAGAGGAGUUGUCGCUCGAGGAGUCUCUACAGUGCCGGAGAAGUUUUCUCGGGUUGAUGUUGCAGGUCUUAAUUCUGCUGUUGAUAGCAAGUGUGAUUGCCAUGUUCGUAACAAACGAGCAGAUUGCCUCUGCGAUCGAAGAGACACCGAUGGUAGUACGAUCAUCGCUAACCGAUGCGGAGACGUUUCUCAAGGAUACUGAACAGCAGAUAUCAUUUAUCCUGUUUGAAGGACUGGCUACGACGGUGGACAGAAUACGGAGUGACCUUAACGAUUUGGACAAGCUGCUAGGGGAACCCAUUCAAAAUCAUCUGUCACUGUUCACUGGGAUAGAUAUUAUAUUUGAAUCGAUCAUGGAGAUUAGCACGAGUAGCAACAAUCUAUCCAGGAGAAUAUUCCUUCUUCAGGAGACACUCGCCAGAGCUGCGAAGAUUUCUUACGAGGCUGAGUACCGAUUAGACGAACUGCAGAUACAACUAUCUGUGCUGCAGCGACAGUGUACUUAUCGAGAUCGACCCCUUUGCGAAACUUUGAAGAUCAAGAACUUUGAAGAAUCCGGACUAAUAGAGAAGAUACGGAAGCUGCAAAACGAUCCCGUAUUAGCUAAGUUGAUGUCGAUGGGAGAGGCCGGCAAGAACAGUACAAUGAAGAUGUUGACACAGGAGUUGACGUUGGCUCGUUCUAUCUUCAGAAACUACCAAACGGAGCUGAAGAAUAUGACUGCUCCUUCCAAGGAACACAUCGAAGGUUGCCUGGAAGAGUUGAGCAACACUACACUGCUGUCGACCACUACGUUUUCAAAUACUUUGAACAAUCUGAUAGAGGAAGUUUCGAAGACUGCAAACUUUUCAGAUUCAUUUUUCGAUUAUUAUCGUGAGGUGGGAGGCAUUUUGUGGCUGACUGGACUAUCGGCUACUGUCUGCACAUUACUAGUUACAUUUAUCCUGCUAGGAGCACUGAGUUGUGGAUGCUGCCAUGCUGAUAACAAAGCUGGGAUCACAUUAGUCUUUGGAGCAAUCGUGAUUUGUAUGGCAAGUAUGGCGUUGUCGGUAUUUGCUAUGGUUGAUAUGCUGCUUGGAGCCCACGGCCAAGUCUUCAUUUGUAACCCGCUGUACGAUGAACCAAACUACACUGUUCUAGGUAAACUCGUGGAUAAGCCUGGACUUAUCUACCCUGUUGAACCACAUAAGGGAAUUAUCGAUGAAAUACUUAGAUCUGUCGACCCGAACAAGACAUUUUCCGUUAACGUAUCGUUAGCUGCCGCAAUCAACGAAUGUCAACGGAACAAAGGCACUUUCGCAACAUUCCAGUUGGAAGGUUUGCUGAAUAUCUCAUCCAUCAUGGACUAUCACAGUUACCCACAUUUAGAUCAUGCUAUUGAGGAGCUAGCUGCCACGGAAACCCCCUUCAUGGGCUUCACAAAUCAGAUACAUGCGAUCUUAGAGGACAUGUUGACCGACUCGGACAUCAACCUGACUGCAUUCCGAAUGGACUUGACGCAGCUCUCACCAGACAAAGACGUUAUGACAUUCAUUGAUCAACUGCAGCGAGUAUCUGCGCAGAUUCAGGAUGUGGCUACGUCUUCCAGAAUGGCUACACUUGGCAGUCGGGCGAAACGGUUACAAAUCUCACUUUUAGCUCCGCUGGAGCAACUUCGUGGAGAUAUAGUGUACCACUUGACCGCUCUGGAAUUUCAGCUCUCUCCUUGGGCAACUCAAGUUAAUAAGAGCCUGAUCCAUCUACGCAAUGCUCAAUCCUACUUGGACGCCGAAUCAGCAGAAGUUUGUCAUAACAAAAGUGAACAGUUUCGAGGUAGACUGAAGGGCCACUUUGAGGCUUAUCGAAAUCAUACAAAUGUGAUUUUAAGCGACAAAUGUGCUAGCUGCAGACCACUGUUUGAGAUAUUCGACGCAUUGCGAAUGCUGUUUUGCCAUCACAUCAUGGACCCGAUGAAUGGACUGUGGUUUUCUUCGUUUAUGUGCCUAUUUCUGUGGGCAAUUGCAACUCCUGUUUCAUUGAUGAUGUCGACCACCUAUCGUCGAUUGGAGAUGCUGUCCGGUAAACUUCAGCAUACCAAUAGCAAUUACUACGGAAAUUCCAGUUCAACUCGUUCGGAUCCACGACUACAUCACCACCAUCACCAACAACAACACCCACAUCAGGACACUUCGAGCCACUGGUCCACCCAAAGACCACAUAUGACCGCAUCGGUUGGCACCUCCGUGAACGUGCUUCCGGACAUAGAUAGGUCCAAUUGGUAGUCCUCCAGCCAAUCUUUUCCGAAACUCCAUCUCACCUCGCGUUCCUUAAGACGCCGAUCAAGCAGUCAGAGAAAUCAUCGAUCCUUGUCUUGCGUUCCUUGUUCUUGUUCUUUUCUUGAAACUGCCCGCAGAUCCGUUUCGGUGCAUAUUGCUGCCGCCAAGGAAAGUUGUACGGAUGACGAUAUCAUCGCAGACGAUGUGGAUGCCUACCGGGAUGGUGAGGUUGUUAUCGAGUAUAUAGAGCUGCAGUUUGACGGCGAUGAUCCG